AUGAGCAAACGGCAUACUAACAACCGUGAUAGAGACGGUGACGAUAGAAGGAACAGAACCCGAAUUGAUUUCAUCACCAAUUCCGACUCGCCAAAGCAAACCAAUUUACAUCACUUUCCGAGACUUCCUACACAGAUGUCGAUUAUGGGACACAGCGAUGCCUCCCCUGAAGUAUCUGAGAUAGCGCCUCCCACGCCGCCUGUCAAACAGACGGAGGAAGACAUCAAGUUUUUGCAGUUAGCCAAUGAGGCACUUGAAAAAAUCGGCACGAUUGAUCCUUCCAUCAAACAGGUCUUGACGAGAUUGCAAUACGCUGCACCUCCGCAUGGUGGUGUUCCCAUGGGCAACGCUUUCAGUGCGAGCAGCGUCAAUAGCGUCGUUCAGAACACACCCUUGGUGGAUGAACUGGCGAUUAACCAUUUCCCUAACUUCAACAAUGACAUUUUUUAUGACGAACACCAUCUGAACCUCCAUAGCAACAAUAACAACAACAAUACCAACAAAAGUAUACCGAGCGUCGCCGGUACGACGCCGACACCUACUACUGCAAAUACUUUAGGCGAGACUACAUACCGAAAACGUGUCUACGAGCAGGUUUCUCCGACAUCCUCCAUGUCGUCACAGAGCUCAUCUAAGGUUGAUAAACCCUUUAUCUGCUCUAAGUGUGCACUGGCGUUCCGGCGCUCGUCGGAUCUGAAAAGACAUGAGAAAAUCCAUUUGGAGGUGCUUCCGAAUAUCUGUUCCAGAUGUCAGAAGGGCUUCGCCAGGAAAGACGCUUUGAAGAGACACAUUGAUACUUUAACGUGCAAGAGAAAUAGAGAAAAGCUGAUGGUCAAACAGCGGUUACAAGACUCAGACUCUGGAGACAACGGGGAUAAAGGAGUGGUCCAUGACAUUUUUUCGCAGUUCGGUUUUGGUAAAUAG